CGGGGAAUGCUCCCAUUACAGCCACAUACGAUCUUCAAGAAAUCUCCCAAAACUUCACUCUCACAAGAGAAUCUUCUUCUCUCCCUCCCUUCCAUAAUCAUUCGCGGCCAUGGAUUCUUCAUCUCAUUCCGCGCAUCUCUGCUUCUUUCUGCUUUCGGCUCUUCUCUUCCCUUCUUCGCUCGCUGCCCGGAUGCUCCAGGUCGAGUUAGAAAAGGAGCCGCUCACCAUCACCUACCAUAAGGGCGCUCUUCUCUACGGCCCGAUCUCCGUCAACCUCAUCUGGUAUGGUAACUUCAACGCCUCCCAGCGAUCCAUCGUCUCCGAUUUCGUCGCCUCCCUCUCAUCUGGCGAUCCCCUGAACAACAAGCCCUCCAUGUCAUCCUGGUGGGCGAUGGCCGAGAAGUACUGCGUCCAAUCAAAGAAAGCGCUGCCUCGUCUCACCCUCGGUGAUCAAAUUAUUGAUGAGAACUACUCCUUGGGCAAAUCCCUGAAGAACUUGGACAUUGUAGCUCUCGCGACAAAAGGCAGGCAUCAGCAUGCCAUAAACGUUGUCUUAACGUCCGAUGACGUGACGAUCGAGGGAUUUUGUAUGAGCCGAUGCGCGACCCACAGAUCGUCUCCCCUGUCCAAAGCUGGCCUGUUCGCCUACAUAUGGGUCAGUAACUCGAUGCUUCAGUGUCCCGGCCAGUGCUCGCGGCCCUUCCAUCAACCGGACUACGGUCCGCAGGCUCCACCCUUUGUGGCGCCUAACGGAGUCGUUGGAGUUGACAGCAUAGUGAUGAAUCUGGCGAGUACGAUUUUCAGAGCUUUAACUUUCCCGUUCGACGGCGGAGGAUUUUUUAUAGGUCCGAAGACGGCGCUGCUUGAGGCGGCGACAGCGUGCACGGCGAUUUACGGUAAGAGAGCGUACGCUGGUUACGCCGGUGAGCUUCUGGUGGAUUCAGUCACCGGUGCGAGCUAUAACGCCAGUGGGGCUAAUGGGAGGAAGUCUCUCCUUCCGGCGAUCUUUGAUCCGUCAACGGCUUCGUGUUCAUCUUUGCUGUAGUUUUUAGCGAGUUGCUGAGUAGUUAUAAAAGGUUAUUAGAUUAUUAGAUCUGCAUAGGUGGAAUGCUUUAAAUCUGCAUUUCUUUCAUUGAUUCAAUUUGUUUUAGACUUAAAUUUUCUUUAGAAUGUUUAUGUGCA